CCAACCGACAGUGUUUUCAAAAGCAUCGAUUGACCCACCCACCCACUUCUCUAAACCUAACUGACAGUUUUAAAAAGCAAUCCAGAAAAAUAAAAGCCCUCACGGCCUUUUUUACCACAUUCUCGCCCUGUUAAUUACCUGUUUAUUUUUUGGUUUUUGUUUAUGUCUUACCUGCUUUCUGGAACUGUUCUUCACCAGACUUGAACACCAUAGUAACAGUCAACUCCGCUCCGUGUCACAAGUCUGCCGACGUACGUGGCAAGCUACUGGACAAACUGGUAACAGCCGAAAAGCCAUCCAUACGGAGGAGAUCACUGUGAGUCAUAAUGAGCCUCUGUGAGGAGAAAGAGGAGGAUGCGGUUCACAACCAGACCAAGAGAGGAGCAUCUCCAGAGUCCAGCGGUGUGUCUUUGAAGAGUGAUGCAUCCAUGAGAAAACCUGCUAAUUUCAGUGGUGGAGCAGGGACUUUUACACCCAGAGCUAACCAGGAAAGCAACCUGCAGCUGAAGUCUUAUCCACAUAUGGCUGAUAAUCUACAGAGAGUCAAAGACCAGCACAAAUCCAGCAUGAGGAAUAAAUAUGAGAGAUUGUUUGAGGGAAUUAACCAACAGGAAAAUCAAACCCUCCUGAACAGGAUCUACACACAGCUCUACAUCAUAGAAGGAGAGAGCGAAGGUGUUAAUGAAGAGCAUGAGGUUUUAAACAUGGAGAAAACACCUGGAACAAAAUGCUCUCAAGACAUUCCAAUAUGCUGCAAUGACAUCUUUAAAAUCUCAACUGAAUCAGGUCUUGAGGAGAAAGAUCAGGUCAAGAUUGUUCUCACUAAAGGCAUCGCCGGAAUUGGGAAAACCGUCUCUGUGCAGAAGUUCAUUCUGGACUGGGCUGAGGGAAAAGCCAAUCAGGAUGUAGAUUUCCUGUUUGUGCUUCCAUUUCGAGAGCUGAACUUGAUCCGAGAUCAUCAGUACAGUCUUCACAGACUUCUGCUGGACUUUCAUCCUGAACUUCAAGAUCUGGACUCAAAGAUCUAUGAGGAGUGUAAAGUUGUGUUCAUCUUUGAUGGUCUGGAUGAAAGCAGAAUCACACUGAAGUUUUCAAACAUUGAGAACGUUUGUGAUUCGAAUGAAUCUUCAUCAGUUGGUGUGUUGAUUUCAAACCUCAUGAAAGGAGAUCUGCUUCCCUCUGCUCUCAUCUGGAUCACCUCCAGACCAGCAGCGGCCCAUCAGAUCCCCUCCAAAGUCAUCAACCGUCUGACAGAAAUUCAGGGAUUCACUGAUCCUCAGAAGGAGGAAUAUUUCAGGAAGAGAAUCAGUGAUGAAGAUCAAGCCAACAGAAUCAUCUCUCACAUCAGAAGAGCAAGAAGCCUCCACAUCAUGUGCCACAUACCCGUCUUCUGCUGGAUCUCCUCCACUGUGCUUCAGAAGCUCCUGGAAGAAGAUCUGAGUGCAGAAAUCCCUCAAACUCUGACUGAGAUGUACAUUCACUUCCUGCUGAUUCAGAUCAACAUGAGGAAGCAGAAGUAUGAAGAGAGAGAUCCAGAGAAACUCCUGCAGUCCAACAGAGACGUGAUUGUCAAACUUGCUGAAGUGGCUUUCAGACAGCUGAUGAAGGGCAAUGUGAUGUUCUAUGAGGAGGACCUGAUUGAGAGCGGCAUAGAUGUCACUGACGCCUCAGUGUAUUCUGGGAUCUGCACUGAGAUCUUCAAGGAGGAAUCUGUGAUUCAUCAGAGGAAAGUCUAUAGUUUCAUACAUCGAAGCUUUCAGGAGUUUCUAGCCGCUUUCUGUGUGUUCUACUCACAUUUGACAAAGAAAAUUGAAUUAUUGCAGUUUUUUCUUGAUGAUGAAUAUGAGAGGUACACAUCUAAGAAAAACUCUUUGUGUGAGCUUCUAAAAUCAGCAGUCAACAAAACUCUUCAGAGUAAAAAUGGAUACCUUGAUCUUUUUCUGCGAUUCCUCCUGGGCAUUUCACUGGAGUCCAAUCAGAGACUUUUAGAGGAUCUGUUGACGCAUACAGAAAAGAGCUCUGAAGUCAUCGUAGAGACUACACAGCACAUCAAAGACAAAAUCAGAGACAGUUACGGUCUCUUAGCUGACAGAUCCAUCAGUCUGUUCCUUUGUCUUCUUGAAGUAAAAGAUCAGACUCUGUAUAGAGAGAUUCAGGAGUAUGCUAAAUCAGAUGAACAGACAGAGAACAAGCUUUCUCCUGGACAAUGCUCAGCCAUAACAUAUAUCCUUCAGAUGUCAGAGGAGGUGCUGGAGGAGUUUGAUCUACGCAAAUACAACACAUCAAAUGUGGGCAGAAAGAGACUGAUACCUGCUGUGAUGAACUGCGUAACAGCUAUACUUGUUGGAUGUCAUCUCUCGGAUCAGCACUGUGAAAGUUUAUCCUCUGCUCUACAAUCACCAAACUCCCGACUAACAGAGCUGGAUGUGGGUAACAAUGACCUGCAGGAUUCGGGUGUGAAUCUGCUCUCUGCCGGACUGAAGAGUUCACACUGUCAACUAAUCAUACUGAGAUUGGCAGGUUGUAGACUGACUGGUGAGUGCUGUGAAAGUGUGUCUUCUGCUCUCCAGUCAUCAACAUCAUGUCUGAAAGAGCUGGACCUGAGUAACAAUGACCUACAGGAUUCAGGAGUGAAGCUUCUCUCUGAUGGACUGAAGAGUCCAAACUGUCACCUGAACAUACUGAGAUUGGCGACCUGCAACCUUACUGCUGAGUGCUGUGAGAGCUUGUCUUCAGCUCUACAAUCAUCAAACUCUAAUCUGACAGAGCUGGAUCUGAGUAACAAUGAUCUGCAGGAUUCAGGAGUGAAGCUGCUUUCUGAUGGACUGAAGAGUUCACACUGUCAACUCAACAUACUCAAGUUGUCCGGGUGUAUGGUGACAGAGGAAGGCUGUGGUUUUCUGUCUUCGGCUCUGAGUUCAAACCCCUCACACCUGAGAGAGCUGGAUCUGAGCUACAAUCAUCCAGGAGAUUCAGGAGUCAAGCUGCUCUCUGAACAACUGGAGGAUCCAAACUACACACUGGACAAACUCAAUGUGGAUCAUGGAGGGGAGCUCAGAGUUUCAGCAGGACUACAUAAAUAUGCCUGUAAUCUCACUCUGGACCCAAACACCGCACACACUUGUCUUAUUCUGUCUGAGGGAAACAGAAAGGCAACAUGUGGAGACGAGGUUCAGCUGUAUCCUGAUCAUCCCGAUAGAUUUGAUGGGUGUCCUCAGGUUCUGUGCGGAGAGAGUCUGUCUGGACGCUGUUACUGGGAGGCUGAAUGGGUCGGAAGUGCUAUUAUAUCACUUACAUAUAAAGGAAUCAGAAGGAAAGGUGAGAGCUGUGCCUGUGAAUUUGGAUACAACAAAAGCUCCUGGAGUCUGAUCUGCUUAAAUGGGAGAUUCACUGUCUGGCAUGAUCUUCAUUCAAGUGACAUUCGUGUCCCUUCAGACUUCUGUAACAGAUUAGGAGUGUAUGUGGACGAGGCGGCCGGAUGUCUGACCUUCUACAGUGUGUCCAAAACGCACACACUCACACACUUAUACACAUUCAACAACACAUUCACUGAACCACUCUAUGCUGGAUUUACAGUUUUUCAUUCGCUGUCUCUGGUCUGACUUGAAAUGUCUGAGAGGAAAAACAUUCUUUGGGAUGCUCAGGACAGUUCUGGAGUUAAUAACAAUAUAAUAAUCCUGAACCACUGUAAUGACAGACUUUGACUUUGACUGACUGUUUCCAUCAUAGUUUAUGUGCACUUAAGCAGACUGUGAAAAAGCAGGUUGGCUGCAUCCAAAAUCGCCUACUAAGCCAACUUAAACAUGCUAAUCAGCCGUUAGAAAAGUAUGUUCUAUACAAUAUGAAUGUCAGUAUGGAUGUACUUGGAUGUACUACAUCUGCCAUUUUGUCAUGGUCAUGUGACCUACCUGUGUCAGUUGCGUUGAUUCGCUCCUAUUAAUGAAUUCUCUCACGGUGCAUCAUAGGUUAGCAUUCCGCUGUGGCGACCCCAGAUUAAUAAAGGGACAAAGCCGUAAGGUCCUGAGAAUGAAUAUUUGCGAACAAGAAAAACAAUUUGGCGGGCAAACAGUCUAACUCUACUGAUGUCGACGUGAAGAUGGAGUUCCACAUGCAGCUAUAUUUGUAAAGAAUAGUCCGCAGGCAGGGGUCAAAACAGGAGCAAACAGUACAUAAACAGUAAUCCAAAGAGAGUAAUCCAAUAACAAACAGGCAGAGGUCAUGGCAGGAAGAAAACAAUCAUAAUCCGAAAAACAGUCCAAAGCCAAAAACAAGGCAGAAAACAAAAACACGCUCGAUAAUGUCCGAGAUGAAACAAUACUGAGCAAUGAAGGAGUGUGAAUGUGGUGUUAAUACAGUAUGUGUAAUCAGUGAGGAUGUCCUGCAGAUGUGUCAGUGUAAUCAGUGUUCAAACUGAUAAACUGUUUCAGCUGUGAGAUGUAAAGCGUGAUGGGAUGUGUAGUCUGGGUGAAUGGCUGGUGGAGUGCACAUAUAGCUGGAGUGCCCUCUAGUGAGUCUGGUGGGUACUUCAGCUAAUGACUCAACCUACAUUUACUAUAUCUUAAAUUUUAAUUAAAAUUUUACAUAAAUGUAUGUGUAUGCUUCAUCAUAGCAGUAUGGAUUGGUAAAUCAAGCAAUUUGAUUGAAAUAGAUCUAACAGUAACGCAACAGCAUUCUAGUUAUUAACUUGUUAAUUGUUGUAAUAAAGACUCAGUGGUCUAGAGAUCCAUUUGCAGUCUUUUAUUAAACAACGGGGUAAAAGACAAAACAUGGAAGUCAAAGGGAAAUCCAAAAUUAAAGUACAACACCAGGCAGGGGUCAGGGCAGGCAGCAAACAUUCAUAGUUGAGAAACAAAGCAAAGGUCAGAAUAAAUAGGAAGGAUGGCUGACGUUAAAAAUAUGGUGGCGAUUUUCUUUUGAUCUUUUACUAAAGCAAUAAAAGCAUCUGUUAUUUCAAAACCCUGCUGAAAAAUCCAGCUUAAACCAGUCUAGGCUGGUUGGCUAAUUUUAGCUGGUU